AUGAAAAACAAUAAUUCAAAUAAUCAAAAGGGCAAUGAAAAUAGAGAAAAAAAUAAUAAUGAAAAAAAAGAAGAGUGUAUAGAGUUGGAUAUGCUGGGGUUUGAAAAUAAAGAUUUAGAAAAAGAUAUUUUAAAUAGUAUUACAGCAAGUAUUGGUUCAAACGAUAGUGGGGUAAUUAGUAAUGAAUUGGACUCUUCAAUUGGAAGUAGUAAUAAUAUAAUAAAUAGAUUAAAUAAUAUCAGUAUUGAAGUUAACAAUACUGAUAUUGAAAAUAUAAAUAGUUUCAGUAAUAAUAUAAAUUUUACAGAAAAUAGCAAUAACUCCUUUACAAAUAUAAAUAUUAGCGAUAAUAAUACAGAAAAUAAUAUCAAUAAUAACAAUAUACCUAUAAAUAAUAAUGAAAAAAACUAUAUAUUUGGUAUAAAAUUUAUAUAUCCAGAAACUGAAAAUGUUGUAAUAAUUAAAAAAGAAGAAAAAAAUAAAUUUUUUUGGAAAUGGAAUAAAGAUUAUCCAGUCAAUUUAAGAGAUUAUAUAGCAAAAGAAGAUUUCGUUAAUGACAUCGAAUUGUUAAAUGGUUUAAAAAGAUAUUAUAUAUUUGUAAUGUCUUUAUAUAGUUUUUGGCUUUUGUUCUUCUUGGUUAUGAUUUUCGUUGGUGUUACCCCAAAGUAA